CAGAUUUAUAUUGUCAUGAUUGUAAACGAGUGAAAUAAUUUUAUUUUACUUUACUUUUGUGUAUGUUAAUAAAAAUUCAAUGACUUAAAAUUAUAAUGUGAGCACAAUGUCUAACAAAGAUUAUUUUGAAAGCUGGCUUAAACUGAAGGAGCAAUUUAAAGCUGCUCUCGCAGAAGAUGAGCGUAUACAGGAACUUGCGGUCAACUUCAUAGGAAUAAAACCCCAAGCGACUGCUGUCGAAAUAGUUGCAAGAGUUUACAGUAAGUACUGUGAGCUAUAUAAUAAACUAUGCGAUUGUUACGAUCAAAUGGAACAAGUUCAAAGAAGACCAUACAUAAGGAAAAUAAUAGAUGCUAUAACUUGCCGAAUUAUUGAAUUAAAAAAGACUUUAGAAGAAAUAGAGGUUUUCGAAUACACUUAUCCAGAUAAUGCUUUUCAACAAAUGCUGAUACAACCUUACGACGUUGAAAUAAUGUGCCCCUUUUUUUAUCCAUUCGAAAUCCGACGAGCAGAAAUGCAGUACAUUAUGGAUCAAAUAUUCUCCGGCAACAGGAUAGGCGAUCCAACACCAACUCCUUCCGAAAUUGAGCGGAUUGAAGAGGAACGACAACAAGAAGAACAAAGAAUCCAAGAACAAAAGGAUGCGGAGAUCAGAAGAAAAAUGGCAUUUGGAGAAGACCCACACGUUUUUGAAAAUACAGUUGUUCUAACUCCUGCAGAGCUUGAGGAAAAAAGACUAACCGACGAAUACAAUAAGCAUAUAUUUAAUAUUCAAAAAAUGGAAAGAUCGCGAUUAGUCUUAAGAGAGAAGAAACACAAGGCUUUCAAGGAUGAAAACUUAUAUCUGGAAUUAGCAGGUUUGAAAAAGCCACCGAAAGAAGAAUCUCUUAGAAAUAAAUCUGCCGAAUUGAUUAAAAAAAUUCUCAAAAGGUUCAUGGAGAUAAAAAGGGUGAAUUUACGCGAGACAAAACUCAGGGAGAAACUUGGCAUGGUGAUAACUUCAUGGCAACAACCUUCGGCAAAGGUUCAGUUAGAAAAAGUGAAAGAAGCAAGAAGGAACUUUCGACGAACAUAUUAUGAACAAUGGAUACAACAAAAUAUUAAAGAAAAAGCUCGAGUUUUAAGGUUACGAGAGGGUGACAUAAUGGAUGACAUAACAGAUGAAAUAAGGCAAUGGUUUACAGAAUGGUUUAGAGAAGUUCGCGUUUUUGAUGAGUUUCCUUUUGCAGAAGAAGGUGGUUCAAUUUUAAUAGUAAGAGGAGAAACGUUCACUAUCGAUGAAUUUAUUCAGUGGCGUACUGAUGAGGAAAAACGAUUAAAAGCUGGAGGAGGCCAACCUCCAUCCAAGGAACAAAUCAAAGCCGAAAAACAAUUUCAACGAGAAGAAAAGAGGCGUUUAGCAGCCGAAGCUAAAGAUAGGGAAAAGAAAAGGUUAAACGAAUAUAAAAAAUCUCGGAUGCAUCCAGACAAUGACCCUGGCAUCUAUAUAAUGAUAGGUCACAAUCAAGCGGCCUUAAAAUGGUCUUGGCAAGACUACGAAAUGCUUUGGAGAGAAAUUGAUGUACCCGAUGCGGGUUUAGAUGCAAUAAAGGGUCAUAUUAUGCGACUCAUUACUGAAAAUGCAUAUAAAGAAAUACAAAUUGAACUGCGACCUAUUGUUGAUGAAAUUAUGAGACUGGAGUUAGAUAUUUUAAAAAAUGCGCUUAAAUCAGACUACCAAAGCUUUGGUAUGAAGGUACCACAAACUAAGAAAAGAAAAAAACCUAAAAAACCAAAACCACCAAAACCUGAAAAGGUCAAUCCUAAAGUUAUGUUCCAACUCUUAGCGGAUCACGGUAUUGUAAGAAAAUAUCCCCGAACUUUGCUUGAAGACUACUGGGGCGAUAGGAACUAUGCGGCUUCCGAUUGCAGAGCUGUUCUGUGGACACCAAAGUUCCCACCGCCGUGCAUUGGUGAUUUGAAGGAACAAAUACGAAUUCGGUGCAUUUUGACACUAGGUGCUACUUGCCAUGGUAUAAACAGAUCGCAACUAUUUGUGGGUCCCAAGGGAGCUGGCAAAAAAACAUUAAUUUACGCUAUUGCAACCGAAACGAACGCUCUACUUAUUGAUUUAUCACCGCUUAAUGUUUACAAUAAAUUUCUCGGUGGCAAAAAUACUCGUACAAUGUUUUCAUUUGUUAACAAGAUAAGUCGAUUAAUGCAGCCGACGGUAAUACUUGUGGAUCAAGCAGACAAGCUGUUUUACAAAAGGGUGCCCAAAGAGGAAAAGAUGUUUGACCCGACACGUUUUAGUAAGGACCUAUAUAAAGAAAUAAUAAAACCAAUUGGUAUGAACGAUAAAAUAUUAGUUUUAGGUACAGCGACAGAACCAUGGCUGUCAAAAACUUCUGCCAUGCACAAAGCAUUUCCAUCGACAAUCAUGAUUCCGAGAACGGACUACGGUAGUAUUUCUUAUAUACUUACUAAAAUGUUAAUGAAAUAUCACGGAGUUAACCGAGAUUUUAACGUCCAUUCUAUAGCUCAGGCUUUAAGGGGCUAUGACAUACACACUAUACGCGAGGUCGUUGAGAGUUUGAUGAAAGGCAAGCGGUUGGCGGAAUUGUACUAUAAACCUCUGGAACCUAUGGAAAUAUUACAAGGUGUACUGAAAUGUGAUGACGCUGUGUACACAGAUACGACUGAUACCGAAAUGUUUAAUGCCUGGUACAUGUCGUACAGUCCUUGGGGUCCCAAGUACGUGGAAUACAUGCUUAUGCUAGAGUCGCAAUACUUGUACAAACUAAAAGCAGAUAAAAAAAAUAAAAAGGCAGCAGCAUAAAACUGUUAAAAUCAAAACAUUUUUUAAUAUUUACUGGUAUUUGUACUUUGUGGUUAUUUUACUGGUUUUAAAUUAAAAAGAGGUUGCAUAUCA